AUGAAAGCACAAGACAUAUACAGAAUGGAAGAAAUUAAUAUCGACGAUAGAAAAGAAAUCCUUUCUGUUGAACAACAAAUAUUACAACCUAUCUCUCCAAAAGAUGAUGAACCGGCACAUUCUUCCAACGAUGAUCGUGAAUUUGAACGCGAACAUAACUAUCAGCGAACGAGAGAAGAAAACACGACGCAAUUACAGCAAGAAAAACAAAACGAAAUAACUGAUCAAAAUGAACAGUCCCUUGCGUAUGAAUCCGAACCAAUAGAAAGGAAUAUUCAAGACACAUAUGAACGGAAUUCCAGAUAUUCUGACAAACAUAAGAACGGAAAAAAAAAUUACAAUCGUAAAAGAAUACGAUCCAAUAGUGAUCGUAGUGAAAAUUCAUAUUAUUCACAACCAUCGGAGGAGUUACAAAUGGGAGCAACUCCACCACCACCAGCACCGCCUCAUCCUGAUUUGGUGUCAACUCCAAACCGUCCAGCUGCCAUUGCCGAGUUAAAAACAUCCUUACAUCAUCAUCAUAGACCUAGGACACCUAUGUAUGAACCCGGAAUUCCUUCUUCAUGGCAUUCAAAUAAUAGAAUGUCUCGAAAAGAUUAUUUUACUGAUGAUCGAAAAAAGAAUCGAAUGCGUUAUAGAAAUCGGGAUUUUAAUCAUGAACGAAUGCAUUUGUUUGAUAGAAUACAAAUCAAAGAUAGAAACCGUGGACCAGAGAGAGAGAGAGAUUAUGAAAUAGUGGAUCGAAAGGAAAGAUAUGAAAGGGAAAGGGGCUUAAGGAUAGAACGUGAACAUGAAAUACGAGAACGAGAUGUAGUACGACCACGUGAUAAUCCAACGAGAUAUUAUGAAGAAUCCCACCCGCGUUUUCGAGUUCCAUAUUAUGAGUAUGGUAGGGAAGCUGAUAGAAUACGGGCUCCUUAUUUUGAUUACCAUCGUGAACCAGAUUUUAGAGAACGAGAGUAUCCUCGUUAUCGUGAUUUUGAUUGGGAUCCUUAUUAUCAUCGUGCGUCACCGCCACCUCCAGGUCACUUUCAUUACAGAGAAAACUUGAAACGACCUAACGAUUAUUUUUAUCAACAAACUAUUUAUCCUAGAAGGUCAUUAUCCCCUCGAGCUCGUUAUUCACCUAAUACUAGACGUUUAACGAAUCCUACGUAUGAACGUCGAUAUGAACGGGAUCGUCCACCUCGCUAUGAUUCAGUUCGUGAGAAUGAAUUUGACGCACGUAGAGAUUCCAUACAUUAUAAUGCGUCUCAUUAUAAUGAGUUACACUCUCCCGGAUUUGAUCAUUACAAUCCUCCUGCCAUAUCACAAAGUCCUAUCAACAUAAAGUCUUCGUACGAAGAUAACGGUUUCGCCGGCGUGGUUUCAACAGUUAAUGAGUCAUCAUAUGAACGGGAACGUCCUUCCAAACCAAGAAAUUGGGAUAUAAAUGCGGAUAAAGGGAAUAAAGAGGGAAAAAGAGGUCAAAGUAAUUCCAAUGACAUUACUGGUGGAGGUUAUGAACGUGAACGUGGUCGAGGUCGUGAGAGACGAAAACUUUGGGACGAGAUUACUCACGAUAAACCAAAAGACGUGGAUGUGGAUAAUCAUAGCAAUAGUACUAUUGUCAGUACUACAGGCAAUGCAAAUAAUAACAGUAGCUCACAAGAUCAUUCUCGUGAUCGUAUCCGCAAUGAAAAAUCGAGAAAUUUGAAUUCAAAUGACGAUAAAUAUAAUAAUAUCAACACAGAUCAUAAUAGCGGUGAUGCGAAUAAAGAACCUUUUGAGCGCCAUGCUACACGUGAGAAAAGUAACAACUAUUGGGAUAAAAAUGAAGAAAAGAGUAGAGAUUUUGAUCGUAAUAUCACAAAGAAUCGUGAAAGAGAUAACUGGGAUAACAAAGAAAGAGGUAACUUUGAUCAAACAUUUUCUUAUCAAAUAUAA